CGACGCCCGCCCGCCCGUCCCGCCGCGGCCGGCAGGCCUCCAUUAAAGGGUUUGCUUAGCAGAUAGGCUAUUCCCUUGUGACUCUCCACCAGAGGUUUCCUGCCACGUGGGCUUCAGAGCAAUGGCCACGGAGGAGAAGAAGCCCGAGACAGAGGCUGCAAGAGCCCAGCCCACCCCCUCCUCAUCCGCUACACAGAGCAAGCCCACACCUGUUAAACCAAACUAUGCUCUGAAAUUCACCCUGGCCGGCCACACAAAAGCUGUGUCCUCCGUGAAGUUCAGCCCCAAUGGAGAGUGGCUGGCAAGCUCAUCUGCUGAUAAACUUAUUAAAAUUUGGGGAGCCUAUGACGGGAAGUUUGAGAAGACCAUCUCUGGUCACAAGCUGGGAAUAUCGGACGUAGCCUGGUCAUCAGAUUCCAAUCUCCUCGUUUCUGCCUCUGAUGAUAAAACCUUGAAGAUCUGGGAUGUGAGCUCGGGCAAGUGUCUGAAAACGCUGAAGGGGCACAGUAACUACGUCUUCUGCUGCAACUUCAACCCACAGUCCAAUCUCAUCGUCUCAGGGUCUUUUGAUGAAAGUGUGAGGAUAUGGGACGUGAAGACGGGGAAGUGCCUCAAGACUCUGCCGGCUCAUUCAGAUCCAGUCUCAGCUGUCCAUUUUAAUCGUGACGGAUCCUUGAUAGUUUCAAGUAGCUACGAUGGUCUCUGCCGCAUCUGGGACACCGCCUCGGGCCAGUGCCUGAAGACACUCAUUGAUGAUGAUAACCCCCCGGUGUCCUUUGUGAAGUUCUCUCCAAAUGGCAAAUACAUCCUGGCUGCCACUCUGGACAACACGCUGAAGCUCUGGGACUACAGCAAGGGCAAGUGCCUGAAGACGUACACUGGGCACAAGAAUGAGAAGUACUGCAUUUUUGCCAAUUUUUCUGUGACUGGUGGGAAGUGGAUCGUGUCUGGCUCUGAAGAUAACCUGGUGUACAUUUGGAACUUGCAGACGAAGGAGAUUGUCCAGAAGCUGCAGGGGCACACAGACGUUGUGAUCUCCACGGCUUGUCACCCGACAGAGAACAUCAUCGCCUCAGCUGCGCUAGAAAAUGACAAGACCAUUAAACUGUGGAAGAGUGACUGCUAAGUGCCCUGGUGCUACAGGGGCUGUCGGGACGUUGACCCUGAUGGGCAAGAAACGUGGCAGAGGGGCCCAAUUCAGGCCUGAGGUAGCCGAGGGGAAGUGCACGCCACCAGAAGGUUCUAGAGGUUGCUGUGACACUUCUGCCAACUCUUGCCCUGUCUGGGAGGAGAUCCCAGUCUGUUGUGCUCAGAAAGGCAACCAGAUUUUUAAUUUUUUAUUACAAGAGUGAAGUUCAAUUUAUCAUGGGUUGUGUUUUUUCCAGUAAUUGUUCUGUACAUUUUUGAUAUUUUACUACCCAGUUGGAGCGCUGUGAACAGUCCCCUCCUGGGGCCCUGGGCCACUUCCCCGGCCCCUCCCACUCUCGCCUGCCGCGUGGUGUCCUCACGCCGCAGCUCUGCCUGCCUGCCUGUCCGUCGACCCCUGCCUGUUGUAGUUCCCGGCGCGUUUCCAAGUCUUCCUGGAAGGUGCAGCGCUGUAAGGUUGCCCGUGUGAAGUCCUGUGUUUUGGGAGUUGGAGGCUGGUGGCCUGGCAGCUUGGUGGCUGCAGACAGUUUCCCCUUCGUGCACAGCACUCACACAGCUGCACACGAGCUGUAAUAAAAGGUGGGAUUUUAUAUGCACUUGUCCACGGCGUUCUGAUGUGAAGCUCGUCCCCUGGAGGAGGGCAGGAGGUUGGAAGGGGCUCUGUCCCAGCCCCUGCCGUUGCCUCCUGUCUGAAGGCCAGUGGGAGGGGUCGCUCUCCAUUGUCAAGGAGGGAAGCCCUGGAGUGGCCUGUGUGGCAGGAGGCGCCUGAGCGGCUGUAAACAGGUUGGGCUCAGGCCAAUUUGUGCAGGAGGGAGGAGGGCAGGUGUUGCCUGUUCCCUUAUUGAUGGCCUGAGGACCAGCAGGUCGGCUGCCCCUGAAGGCAUGACCUCCUUCCUUCUUGGUGGCUUCUGCUGCGGGCUCCUCAGGGAUGCUGGGUGCUGCCCGUGGGCCUGCCCCUUCCAGUCCCCACCCCAUCUGGAGCCUCUGCAGCAAUCUGGCAGGUCUGGGAGGUGGCAGCCGAGCUCAGAACCUCAACUGCAGUUUGUCACAGCUGCUGCCUCACUGUGCUCCUGGGGAGCCUGGCCCCGAGCAGGAUGGAUGCAGGGGUUCCAACCCAGGUCUGCUGGGUGAGACCUUGUUGGUGAGGACACGGUGGAAGGCUUGUCCCCUCACCUGUGUGCCCUGACUACAGAAAUGCGUGGAGCUGGUGCUGUUGUGCUUGGGAAGCCUGCCAGGUUUGGGUCUGCAGAUGCCUCAGCUAGGACAGGCCGGCUCCCCUGUUAGGGCCCCAGGUGGACAGGCCUGGGAGAGGGAGUUGGGGCUUUCCUGGAGGGGCAGUGGGGUCAGUCAGCUGUCCCUAGCCAGGCUCAUGGGGAUCCUCCAGUGGCUAAACAGGGUGAGGUAAAAAUCCUAUAAGGAAGCUUCCUGCAGUUUCUGUCUCCUCCUGGAAAGAUGUAAGCACGUGGGUUAUCUGUUCACGAAGCCCACUGCUGCAGGAAGAGGUGGCUUCUAACGCCGGUUGCAGUCCUGUACUGCCACUUGCUUGACCGUCACCAGAGGGUCCCACUGGCCUCAUGGCUGUGCUGCUGCGGCUCCCCUGGCACUUCCUGAGGGGCGCCUGCCCACCCUGCCUUCUGAGGGUACAGCCCCCUCCUGGGAGGAGGAGGAGCUUGCUAUGCUCAACGCUGUAUUCUUGAAUAUAGUUUAUUUUUUCUACAGUUGAAUUCUGUUGUAGAUUUAUGUAAAAAUACACCUCUUUUUGGAAAUAAAGAUUUUCAUGUCUUGUAA